AUGAAGGCUGCCUACACCGCCUAUCGAUGCCUCACCAAAGACCUAGAAGGCUGCGCCAUGAACCCGGAGCUGACAAUGGAAAGUCUGGGCACUUUGCACGGGCCGGCCGGCGGCGGCAGUGGCGGGGGCGGCGGCGGCGGGGGCGGCGGGGGCGGCGGCGGGGGCCCGGGCCAUGAGCCGGAGCUGCUGGCCAGCCCUAGCCCCCACCACGCGGGCCGCGGCGCCGCCGGCUCGCUGCGGGGCCCUCCGCCGCCGCCCCCGCCGCCGCCGCCAACGGCGCACCAGGAGCUGGGCACGGCGGCCGCGGCUGCGGCUGCGGCGGCGGCAUCGCGCUCGGCCAUGGUCACUAGCAUGGCCUCGAUCCUGGACGGCGGCGACUACCGGCCCGAGCUGUCCAUCCCGCUCCACCACGCCAUGAGCAUGUCCUGCGACUCGUCCCCGCCCGGCAUGGGCAUGAGCAACACCUACACCACGCUGACGCCGCUGCAGCCGCUGCCGCCCAUCUCCACCGUCUCGGACAAGUUCCACCACCCGCACCCGCACGCGCACCCGCACCCGCACCAUCACCAUCACCACCAGCAGCGCCUCUCGGGCAACGUCAGCGGCAGCUUCGCGCUCCUGCGCGACGAACGCGGGCUCCCGGCCAUGAACAGCCUCUACAGCCCCUACAAGGAGAUGCCGGGCAUGGGCCAGAGCCUGUCCCCGCUGGCCGCCACCCCGCUGGGCAACGGGCUGGGCGGUCUCCACAACGCGCAGCAGAGCCUGCCCAACUACGGGCCCCCGGGCCCCGACAAGAUGCUCAGCCCCAACUUCGACGCGCACCACACUGCCAUGCUGACCCGCGGCGACCAGCACCUGUCCCGCGGCCUGGGCACCCCGCCCGCGGCCAUGAUGUCGCACCUCAACGGCCUGCACCACCCGGGCCACGCUCAGUCCCACGGGCCGGUGCUGGCGCCCAGCCGCGAGAGGCCACCCUCGUCGUCUUCGGGAUCGCAGGUGGCCACCUCCGGCCAGCUGGAGGAGAUCAACACCAAAGAGGUGGCCCAGCGCAUCACCGCCGAGCUGAAGCGCUACAGCAUCCCACAGGCGAUCUUCGCGCAGAGGGUGUUGUGCCGGUCUCAGGGGACACUCUCCGACCUGCUCCGGAACCCCAAACCGUGGAGUAAACUCAAAUCUGGCAGGGAGACCUUCCGCAGGAUGUGGAAGUGGUUGCAGGAGCCCGAGUUCCAGCGCAUGUCCGCCUUACGCCUGGCAGCGUGCAAACGCAAAGAGCAAGAGCCCAACAAGGACAGGAACAAUUCCCAGAAGAAAUCCCGCCUGGUGUUCACUGACCUCCAACGCCGAACGCUCUUCGCCAUCUUCAAGGAGAACAAGCGCCCGUCCAAAGAGAUGCAGAUCACCAUUUCCCAGCAGCUGGGCUUGGAGCUCACGACCGUCAGCAACUUCUUCAUGAACGCCCGGCGCCGCAGCCUGGAGAAGUGGCAGGACGACCUGAGCUCGGGCGGCGCCUCCUCCGCCUCGGGCGCCUGCACCAAAGCGUGACGGAAGGACUCCCGGCUGGGCACAAGCCGCCUCCCGACGAGGACACCCGAUACCCAAAGAAAACGCAGAGGAAAGAGACACCGGAUUCUUAGCUGGGGCCCUUCACUGGUGAUUUGAAAGCACAAUUCUCUUGAAAAGAAACUUUUCUAUUCUAGCUGUAAUCAUAGGCCAGGUGUUCUUUUUCGUUCGUUUGUUUUUAAUGGCUAUGGAGUCCACGUGCAAGCUGAAAACUAAUCUCUUUGAACCGGACAUUGUCCUCUGAGCGAGCGUGCUAAGCACCCCAGGAACCCAAAUGGGGCCUUCCUAGAACAAGUCAAUUCCAGCCCAGUGUCAGCCAAGCAGGGUUGCUUAGAAUGUCAGCAUCCCAGUUGGGGUCCUGUCAGCCCCUUGGAGUCAGCGUUCCUAUGAGUCAAUAGUAGGAAUCUGGCUUGUACAAGGACUCUUGAGUUUGGGUUCCCAAGAUGCUACCGUAAGAGAAGAAUCUAGCAACAAGAAUGACCUCAUUUGCUUUCCAAGUGCUUAGCUUCAUCAAACCGUAGUUCACCAACGUUCACAGCCAUAACGUAAAAAACCAUCCGAAUGACAAUUACUGAGCACAAGUUUUAAAUAUGGAAGUUAAAAAAAAAAAUCCAAGGACCUGUUUUUCCCAACUCAGGCAUCUUUUUUCAUUGAACGGUUUAGAAAGCUUUAAGUUGAUCCAGUUUACAGUUUUCUUUUCCUUACCUCCUGGAAAUCUCAUGUGGUCUUGGAUCCAUCAAAAAAUAAAACAAACCAAGUCAGUUCACUGGAGCGCCAUGUAUCAAGCACAACGAAGAUAAAUAGAGAAGUGAGGGAGGUUCUGAAUUCACUGCAUCUGGAUUUUCAAGACACCAAUUGGGAAGUCAAGAGGGAAUCAUUGGGAAUAUGGCUUCAAGCACAUUUUGCAGUUUGCUACAAAUUCUGUUUGUACAUAAUGAAAACGCACACUCAGGAGGCCAAUUUAACUGUUACGGUAUACGGAGCAAAUGCAGCAUUUUAAAAGAUCUAGAUUUUUUUAGAUCAUAAAUGUAUCCUUCUUGGUUAUCCAUCACCUGGUCCCUCCUAUUGUGCAUUAUUACCACCACAUAAUACAUUCUCAUGCAUUCAGAUUUGGGUUGUUCCCUUGUCCAUCCCAUCAAUAGGGACGUUUUCAGUGUUUCUUAGCAAGGAAAAAAAUAAAGAAUUCAAACCACCAAACAUGUUACUCAUAACCAUCAUCUAGUCCUGAAUCUCUUCCAUUAUUGAAUCAUCCUAGCAGAACAGCUGAAUAAAUCUGGAGGAAAACACAGCACACCAAAGAAGCAGAAUACUGCAAACCAAAGACAUUUCUUACUUGCCAUUUUCUAGCCUGAAAAAAAAUACUGUGAUUACUUUUAGAAGUCAGAAAACCUGUAUAACUCCAAAUGGCUUUCAGCGCUCGCAUUUGGCUCAUCACUGGGCUGAGUGGACCGGCUACGCCACGGAUGUUAGCCAGGCCACCGAGCGAGGGGCUCUCUGGUUCCUGGCUGUCACCUUCCCACAGCAAGUGGAGGAGGGCCCACAGGACCCCAGGAGAUUGCGACGGUCACCAUGUGCGUAUUUACCAGUGAAUGGCCCCAGGUGGGCACCACAGGGGUGUUCAAAGCAAGCCAAACGCUGCAAUGAUGCUUUACAGACACUUGAGACUGACUUUUUUUAUGAAUUACUUAAUCGAAACCAAAGAAACUUUUUCUGCACCUACUUCUGCAACAAACAAAACUGUCCCAUUGAAAUGAAUAAAGAAAAAUGGACAUCCGUGAAAAUCCACCACCACCAAGAUGGAAGCACGCCAGAAAAAAAAAAACAGAAACAGAAAAAACAUCGAGACACACUGUGUUCGAACAGACCUCUUGGGACAUUUUUUGGAAGCAGAUUUUUAAAAAGGGUUUGAGACAGGAAGAGAAAUAAGGAAGAGCCUCCGUGGCUGCUGCUUCAUCCGACGACUCACGCGGUAAUCUUAAAAGUUGAAGAUUGUCUUUAAUUUGUGCCUAUGCAGUUUUUCAAAAGAACACGGAACAGAGCAACAGAAACCUCAACAGCUACAAUACCAAAGAUGAGGAUUUCUCACACCUUUGUUUCAGUUCAUUAUCCCCUCUUGCCUGGCUUAAAUACUAAUAGCGCCAUUGAUCUGUGUGUAAAGGUAAUCAAUUUUGUUUCUGAGCAACGAGAGGAAAGGGUCAUUUAUUUGAUUUUAUUGUUUCCCUAUCAUUUUGUUUUACGGCUUUCUACCCAACAUGGAAUCUCUCAGAAGAUUCCAUGGAACUCCACUUUAAGAUGUUGGGGGCGCUGAGCACUUCUCUCUGCUCAGCAGAGCGUGGGGAAUCAUACUGUCACUUGAAUGUUCUUUGCUUAACCCUCCCUUUCUCUUGGUUCUUUCUGUGUUCAGAGUUUCAUCAUCAGGGGAGGGAAGGAGAGUGAGGGUCAGGAGUAGGGGUCUUGGGGAUGCGUCCUCUCCCGAGCCACAGAACCAAAGAAUUUAUAGAGGAAUUGACAAGCCUCAUCUUCAUGUGAUCGCUACAUCCUAACAGGGCUUCAUUUGGGGGUGGGGGGAGACAUGUAAAAAUGAUUGUCAGUUUCUACUUUUCUAUUAGCUUUUUAAAAAAUCAGCUGUAAAGUUGCAUUUCUAAAGAAAGAGAUAUAUAUAAUAUAUGAAUACAUAUAUAGAUUCAACUUGAUAUUGGCGAUAACCCAAAGUUAUUGCUGUUCAAAUUCACGUCUUGUUUUUGUCAAGUGCUUCAUCACUUAAGUACUCAGUUUCAGAGCUUUGCUCAUUUCUCAUGCCAUCCCAGAGUGUGGAUGAUUUAGAGUAUUCCGAUUUCUGUGAAAAUUCCUGGGAAAGGUUGAAAGUCAAGUUCAAGCAUGUCAACGUUUUAAAGUGUUGAUAAAUGGGUCCGUGGGACAAAUGAGUGUUAUGUGUAUUUCGAGUCAUCUUUGUUCUCUGUCUCAGCCAAGAUCAGGAUGGAGUGACAUCCAUCCACCAUGGCCGGGGAGGGGCCUGUUCAUCUUCUCUAACUGCUGGGGAAGCUCAGUGGUCCGUUCCCACCAGUUACAGAGAUGAGGCCAGCCCAGACACGUCUUCUCCAGAGCCCUGUCCCAUUGGGGUGUUCGAGAUGCCCUUCAAUGAGUAGAUCCACCGAAGGGACUUCUCACAGAAGUCCAGCUCCUGCUGCAAUGGGUUCAUCAGGUUUUCUCAGGGUGGUAAUGACCAGUUUGUUUAGACAAGCCCGUGUGCAGCCCACGGCUGGCACUGGGGUGAGGCAGCAGUGUUGGGGGGUAGGGGUGUCUCAGUCCUGGAGAGCAAACACAAGGCAAGGUUUAGGGAGGAUCCCUGAUUCCUGCUUGGAAGACCUGUUGUCUGUGGUCCCAGCUCCUUGCCCCCUCCACGUUGGUCUCCCCUUGCAGAGGCAGCAGCCUGGAGCCCCAGAAAGAGAGUGACUUUCCGUGGCUUUAAUAAUUCAUCCCACCCAGGGGUGUUCCUUGACUUUGCCCUGUGUCGCUUCGUCUCUUGCUCAUUCUCCAUAUCUCCUUUGUCCAACGGCCAAGAAAAGAGCAUAUUUCAGCAGGGGGAUGCUCCUACUGGGUUGAUAAAAGCAAAUUUCAACUUGGGCCUUUCUUAAUGAAACUUUGUGACUCAUGGCCAAUGGAAAUGCUUGUUCUUCCCGAGACUGGGCUGAGGAGCAAAGCCUCCUUGGUUUGGUUAGUGAUUCUUUGACAUGCCAGUCUCAGCAUUUGGGUCUCUGGCGUCCUCUGAAGAUGUCUACACUGAAAGAGGCUGCCUUCGUGCCCUCAGAUUUCAACCCGGGUCCAACCAAGUGUAGACACAUACACCCUCAGUGUUCCUGGGGACCAGAGGGAGAUGUCAUAAUGUAAAAAAAAGGCAAGAACUUCCCUCCUGGGUUUUGAUAAAUGUCUCAUAGCAAAUAAUGCCAUAUCAGAGAGAAGUGCUUGCUUCUGAAAAAUUAUCUACGUACAUAUAUAAAUAUAUGUGUGUAUCUAUAUAUUUGUGUGUUUAAAAGUUAAGUCCUACAGAAUUUCAAUUUGUUAAAAAUCUGAAAGAAAAAAAGCAAAAACCUGCGAACUGAAUUAUAAUGGAAUUUGACCCAGUAUGUCUUUCCUCAAGCAUUUAAAAACUUAUUUUAGGUUAACAAUUUUAGAGAAAAAAACUCUUUGGACUUAGUUAUAGUUUAGGAUCCAUUUCCUCAAUCCAAGAAAAAUUCCAGGCAUUAGCAAUGUUAAGGGCAGGGCAGUGUGAAGGGACAGUUCCAAACCAAAUUCACAUUCUUGAGACAAUGGAAAUCCAAAAGCUAUUGGCUGGAAAAUUCUUUAUUUCUUUAGGGAAAUAGGCUUGCCUCCUUUUUUGUUUUCAAUGUGAUUUUUGUCCUGAGGAUGUAGUUCUUUCAUUCCAGGAAACUUUUAUUUAAAAAAGAGCCAAUAUAUUUCUUUUUAAAAAAAAGAAAACAGCAACAACAAUAAAAACUCAUCCACAAUAUUUAAAGGCCUUUCCAAAAUGUAAAAUAGCGUGUAGGUUGUAACAUUUAACAGUACAGGUGGGAAUAAGGCAGACAGCCUGACACUUGGGAGAAAUCACCUCUGCAGGGUCUCUUUUCCUGAGGGCUCCUGGCAACUGUGGGCUCUGGAAAUUCAAGCUCAUUUUUAUUUCUAGCUAAAAUAAAAUCAAAAUUAGGAGUAAAUCUGAUACACACACACACAUUUUUGUUAAGUCAAAUGAUGUAUUUCAGAGCCAAACAUAAAUGCCUUUUGAUGAUCAACCAUUUUUCUUUAUGCUGGGUGCCCACCUAUUCAUGCUGAUAUGUUAAAGUUGAACAGCUUUUUGAAAAAUAUGACUACCACCUGGGUGCAGGGGGACACUUUCCCACUUUUGAAAAUGCUGGUAGAAUUAUAAAAGUGUCUGUUGAUUAUACUGUUCCUGAAGCAUUGUGACAGUAUACCUUUGUGAUGAACUCUGACUUUCAGGAGGUUGUAUAGUAGGAAUAGGAAUUUCUUAAAAAUAGAAAAAGAACAGACUGGGUCCCAGUCUUGUUGAAGAAUAAUGGAGUAUAUGAAAAAGUAGAGAAAAAGAUGAUCCAUGUGGUCAAGAAAGGUUGACUCCAAAGCCCAAACCCAUGUACUGUGACAGUAACUGUCACAAUUCCUAACAAAUCAGAGCUGAGUUUUUGGUUGUUGCUGCUGCCUACGCCUUGUAGUUCAGACUUGCUAGCCUAACCAGGAAGAGUGAGUGAAAGAUGGUAGACAGAAAAGGGAUACAGUUGGUUUGCCUAUAACAUUCUGAUGUUUACUUGUAAGAUUGGAGAGCUUUUGUACAUUUAGCGAAGACCAAGUCGCCUCUAAAACAACAGCAGAUUAUAGUUUUCAAAUAAGGCCACAAAAUCCUUGCUAAAAGAAGCAAGUGUACCCAAGUUCGCUGUAUAAAUCUUACCUAGUUAAUGAUGUUGGCUUUAAAUAUGGAUGUCCCAAUGCCUAUUUUCUACCUAUGAUUUUUUUCUUUCCAAGGGCCAAGGGGAGGGAGGGUUGGUUUAUUUGUUUUAGAAAGUCUCAGAAUUGUUUAUAGAAAUUUUUAAAUAUUAAAAUAACAUAAAGCCUCACUUAGAUUCCAUGAACCCCAUGGGGACCAGAAGUGUUCCUUGUUCUUAGAUACCAAAAAGGCUGACAGCUGGAGGCAAGUGAAAGCCAGAGCCUAAGCUUUCCUUACCGGUGUUGAGUUUGGUUGCCUGGAAUUAACCAGUUCAUUCCCUUUUAAUGGAGGAAAACACACAUGUCUACAGAUCUAUUCAUUCCACGGAAGUCUUCCACUCUGCUCCAGCCUUAGCAGAGAUAUUUCCCACUGCGUAAACCUUGGUAGAUACAUUUGCCUAAUCCUUGUACCAUCUUCCACUUGAGUGUAUACAGAUUUAGACGCCUCUUUCACCAUGUAUUCUCAUAGGCAACUAUAGCAACACCCUUCACCUGUGAGUGUCCAGACUGCACAGACACCUCCAUAUGUCCAUACAUACUGUCCCCUGUUACAAUAAAUACAUUUUAAAUGAUCGUUUCACAUGUAUGUGCUACUUCUACAGUAUACACUGUUUUUAUUAUUUAUUGUACCAUUGAAAACAAAAGUGCAGGGGGGAAAAAAAAAAUCCCAGCAUCUUCAUUCCAUACACUUGGAAUUCCGUUCAUUUGGUCACAUCCAAGAUAAACUCAGCUUUCAAGAAACCUUGGAUUUUAUUUAAUCAUCUGUGUAAAAGUGACACGCGUGCUUGAUGACUUCGGUUGAAUAGCUUUAUUGUGGAUCUCUCAUUAACUAAAGCUAAAUCCAAAGACCUGAAAAAAGAACACACACCUAAAAAAAAAAGGAAAAAGAAGGAAAAAGUAGCAAGUACGAACUAAUGAGGAAAAAAGUGGGCUCUGGUUUCCAGGGUUGAGAAAAUGGUGAUGUGGUCUUGGGGGGGCUGUGUCAGCCAGAGGGAGGGACAUGGUGAUUUUUUUCAUGCUUAUCACAUUUGAAUGGUCUUUUUGAACGUGAGAAAGUUCAGAGGUUAUAAUUUUCUGCUUUAUUUUCAUUUAGACUGUGGAAAGAGGCUAUACGUUUUGUCCAUUGAAAAAUGAAGACAAAAGAAACCUUUUUUUUUUUUCCCAUUAUCUCUUUGGGUUAUAACCCAACAAGCUAAGUACCAUAAAUGUAAUUAAUUUAUUUAAAUUAGUUUUUAGCACACUGAAUGUAUAGGAUUUUGAUAAUUACUUAAUCAUCUUUGCUUACUCUGAUUUUACUCUUUGUGCUUAUUUAUCAGAACCUAGACCAAUGGUGCAUCAGAGAUGCGCGAUCCCCUUUAGAAUCCCCUUGAAGGUUUGCUUUAUAAAGCAGAGAAAUUCUGUUACAGACAGGGAAGAAAUACAGGUUACAAAAAAAAAAAAUUUUUUGAGGUAUUUUUCUUUCUUGAAUUAACUUUGAAAAUAGUUUAAGUAACAGUGAUUAAAUUAUUUAAGUUCACAGCCCCACCUGGUACCAAGCGAACUUCACCUUUUAAUUAUUGGGGCCUUCAGAGCCUUCAUAUUGUAACUUAUUUAUUUAACUUAUUCAGCAUCUGCAAAAGGUGCAUGAUAUAGUUUAUAUUUUUUAUUUAAAACAACAGAAAGCACUGCAGUUUGUUUGCUGUCAGACGGACAACAGAGCAAAGUUUGUGGACAAGCAAUGACUAUUCAACCCGAACCUGUGCAUUCAGAAAACGCAUGCCGAGACCCUGCUUCACCAGCCUGGAUUUCGGGGCUUCUGUACAGAAACUGGAAAAAUUUUUUAAAAAAAUCAGAACAGCAAAAAGAAACCCUUACACUAGCUGCUUCCAAGAAUGAACUCUGUGUGUGUGUAAAACA